AUGGUAGAUGCUUCAACGAAGAAAACUCUGAGUGAUAUUCCAGUGUUGAAAACAAAAGCUGGUCCACGUGAUAAAGAAUUAUGGGUACAAAGACUCAAAGAAGAAUACACCACUUUGAUCAAGUAUGUACAGAAUAAUAAGGAAGCUGACAAUGACUGGUUUAGACUAGAAUCAAAUAAAGAAGGCACCAGAUGGUUUGGCAAGUGUUGGUACAUUCAUAAUUUACUUAAAUAUGAAUUCGACGUUGAAUUUGAUAUACCAAUAACUUAUCCAACUACGGCUCCAGAAUUAGCAUUACCAGAAUUAGAUGGCAAGACUGCUAAAAUGUAUCGCGGUGGUAAAAUUUGUAUAAGUGAUCAUUUUAAACCUCUAUGGGCCAGGAAUGUACCUAAGUUUGGUAUUGCUCAUGCUAUGGCUCUAGGUCUUGGACCAUGGCUAGCCGUCGAGGUUCCAGAUUUAAUAGAAAAGGGAAUAGUAAAACAUAAAGAACAAAGUGAAUCCAACUAG